GGCAGCGGAGGAGGAGGAGGGGAGGCGGCGACGGCUGCAGCAUCCAGAGCUGGCCCUGGCGGCCGGCGCGCCCGGCGCACAAAGGCGCCCUGCCUCUGGGGAGGGAGAUGAGCGCACGGCAGCCCCGGCCCGGGCCCCAGCUCCAGCCUCCGCUGCGUGCGCCCUGGACCCUGGGGAAGAAGCUGAGCGCAUCAGGGGCCGGCGACCGAGGCGCGGCCCGUGAGCCCUGAGCUCUGGACUCGUCGCCCUUCGGGUCCGGCACUGAGCUUCCAGACGGCUAGAGCGCGGGCCUUGGCGCGCCCCCGCGAUCGGCUUCUGGAAGGCGCUUCCCCACUGGGAUCCGAUCUCCCGCGCCGGAGCGCCAACUUCCCCAAGAACGCUCCAACUCCAGGCCAUCCAGCUGGGCGGAGGGGGCGCUGCAUCUGGGUACUAGCCGAGAGGACGUGCCCCUUGCCCCGAGGAGCAAGCCCACAUCUGCGGGGUCGCUCGGGCGCCCCUGAGUGGGCGGCGGCGGUGGACGUCUGUCCCCGGAGUCCGGGACUUCCCAGCGCUGGCGAUUCCACCGGGGCAGGCUCUUGCCCUCUCUUUUAUGGAGCUUGGGCCCCUGCCCCAGCCCAGUAGAGGCUGUGGAACUGUGCAGCCCAGAAGCCUGCUUGUCAGCCCAGUGUCCCCUGUCUGGCUGCGGGAAGUGGGCGCUCCCACGAGGUAGCAGAGGCCUGCAGCGGCCCCCUCCCUGCACUGAACCAUGGGCCAGAAGCUCUCCGGAAGCCUCAAGUCGGUGGAGGUGCGAGAGCCGGCACUGCGGCCCGCCAAGCGGGAGCUGCGGGGUGUGGAACCCGGGCGGCCAGCGCGGCUGGACCAGCUGUUGGACAUGCCGGCGGCGGGGCUGGCCGUGCAGCUGCGGCAUGCCUGGAACCCCGAGGACCGCUCCCUCAAUGUCUUCGUCAAAGAUGACGACCGGCUCACCUUCCACCGGCACCCGGUGGCUCAGAGCACUGACGGCAUCCGGGGCAAAGUGGGCCACGCGCGUGGCCUCCAUGCCUGGCAGAUCCACUGGCCUGCACGGCAGCGUGGCACCCAUGCUGUGGUUGGCGUGGCAACGGCCCGGGCACCCCUGCAUUCGGUGGGCUACACGGCGCUUGUGGGCAGUGACUCCGAGUCAUGGGGCUGGGACUUGGGCCGCAGUCGCCUGUACCACGAUGGCAAGAACCGACCUGGAGUGGCCUACCCAGCCUUUCUGGGCCCAGAGGAGGCCUUCUCGCUGCCCGACUCACUGCUGGUGGUGCUGGACAUGGAUGAGGGCACACUCAGCUUCGUGGUGGAUGGCCAGUACCUGGGUGUGGCCUUUCGUGGUCUCAAAGGCAAGAAGUUGUACCCGGUGGUGAGUGCGGUCUGGGGCCACUGUGAAGUCACCAUGCGCUACGUCAAUGGCCUUGACCCCGAGCCGCUACCGCUUAUGGACCUGUGCCGGAGAUCCAUCCGCUUGGCCCUGGGCCGCCAGCGCUUACGGAACAUCGGCGCCCUGCCCCUGCCUCAGUCUCUCAAAAACUAUCUGCAGUACCAGUGAGCCAGAGGGGAGAGCCAGCUGGGGUGCUGGGGUGGGCAGGCUUCCCACUGAACAUCCACACAGUCCAUCAGGGCGGGGUCCUCGUCCUCACCGCGGUUCCCAGGACUUUCAGCGGUUCGAAAGGCCAGGCCCUCUUCCCGACUUUGAACACGAGACGUCUGUUGCCAACAGUAUUUUCUGCUUUGGAAGCAGCCCUCGCGAGUCAGACACCUCCUUGGAAGUCACGAAGAGACUGGAGCCGGCGGGCACCCCGCCCGCCGACCGGGGCCCAGCGGACACCAGUAUUGAUCCGAGAGCCUGUUUCCUUAUUGAAGAGAAUGAAUAAAACAUUUGGGCAGGAGACUCUAUUUUGUGGCCUGGUGCAGACAGAGCCAGGGAAAAAUUGGCCAGCUCAGAGAGAAAAUUGCUUCUGAAUAAUGAAUGAUGAAAGCGGCCGAUGCCAGGGCCCCGUUGGGCCCCCACUAGACAGACAGUGAGACUGACGUGACAAUUUAGGACUCUGCCCCUCUGAAAGACCGUGGUCGCCCAGGGAUGCCCCGCUGCAGCACUCGCGAGUGGACAGAGCUAGGCGCCUUCCGGCUUACCUCUUCGAUGUUGUUUACUGACCCUCCCUCGGCCCCUCCCCAAACUGGCCCUGUCACAGUUCUCUGGAGACCUCAGGCCCCUGUCUUCAGGGAGGCUGGGUCUGUCUGCUUCACCCCAGAGACAGAGCGGUAUCCUCUAUAAUUGUUACUAUUGUUAGUUGAAUUCGCAUUGCAUUUUUAAAAAGAGGAGUGUGUUAAGGGCAGUACUUAAUCCAAAGGUGCUAAUCUGGGAGCUGGGGGAACUGGGGUGCCAGCGGGAGCUGUCCCUGGCAGGGAGCCUUCUGGGGUCUGUGGGUCUCUAGGCAGCCGUCCUUCCAGGAUGCAGCCUGGCCCCCACAGAGCUUUAUUUGACAAAUUAUUUUUUCACUUUAGAACACUUGUUUGAGUUUGUUUCUGUUUCCAAUGUGUGUAUGAUGUGCUGUUUAUUUAUCAGCUGGGGGCCGUGAGUGGGCAGCUUGUGAGUGGAAGGUAGACCUGUUGCCCCUACCGCCCUGAGCCCAGGGCCUCUCAUGGGACCGUGUCACUGCUGCCACCACCACCGUUUGGCACCUGUCAUGUGUUUCCAAAGCUCUCUGUCCAGACUCAUUUUAUUUUUUACUCAAAAUGGUCACAGCAGUGGAUACCAGAGCCCCAGAUGGCACUGCUUCCCCCCACUUUAAUGUGAAUUUGACUGGUGAAUGAGAAGCGUUUCUAAUAAAGU